AUGGGGCAUUGCGCCUCGCGCGACCAGAAAGACCAGAAGAAACUGAAUCGGCGGAUUGAUGAGCAAAUCAAAAAGGAUCAGUCGAUGUCACUGCGGAUCAUCAAACUUCUUUUAUUAGGUUGGUUUUUAUGCAUCGAUUAA